AUGCAAGUUCUAUCCUGCCUGAUUGCGAGCAUCAGUCUCGGCGCAGUUGCUUCCGCAUACGACAGCAACUGCGAGGGCUCCUUCAUCCCGAUCAAGAAAGAGCAGUGCAUCGAUGCCUUGAACAACAUUGACACCACCAAGACGUACAAGGAUCAGCAGGAGUUCAGCAGUGGCCAUUGCUACCUGAAGUAUGCUACCAAUGGCAGUGGGGACCAGGACCUUAGUGGCCAGCGUAUCCGUGAUGUUGCGCAGAACAUCCUGGAUAAUUGCAGUGAUGGACAUGGAAGCUAUGGAACUGGGAACUGUGAGAAAUGCCAUGUUACUGUGAACUACCGCUCCUAG